GGAGACUUUCAAAGAGCACGGUAGGCACCUUUGCAAAGGCGGCGCGUGGCCGAUGUUUAGGAUCUGUUAAUAUCCGUGUUUUCAACCCAAAAUGCGCGUUUCCGAAAUCAGAUUGUGCCGAAUAUUGUGCCGAAGGGUUCCUGGAGUUUGGAUCGGACGAACUGACCCAGUUUUAAGGAGUGACGAACCGUUGAGCUUUGCCGGAGCUGUUGAUGGCUCGAGGUGUUUCUCUUCUCUACCUCCGGGGCAUCAGAUGAAUGUGUUCGACAGAAAGGCCAAGAUACGCCACAGGACCCUGGCUGCUUUAGACAAGGAAGCCGAGGUGUACGACUACCUCAAGAACGAGGUUGGUUACCGGUUAGCCGACCGUGUCUACGACAUUAAGAGGAAGUUUUCAAGAGCCGUGGAGCUGGGCUGCGGCCGAGGCUACGUAUCUCAUAAUUUGGACUCUGAAGCCGUGGAAUCCCUUGUGCUCUGCGACUCGUCACCGGAGUGCCUUACACGAUGCAAGGUGCCCAAAGGCGUGCCCACAACGAAGCUUCUCGCAGACGAAGAAUUCCUUCCCUUUGCGGAAAACUCCGUCGACAUCUUCCUCAGCAGCUUGAGUCUCCAUUGGGUCAACAAUCUUCCCGGUACGUUCAAACAGGUGUGGAACGCACUCAAACAAGAUGGUGCUUUUCUGGGCUGCGUCUUUGGUGGCGAGACACUGUACCAACUGAGAGGCUCGUUGCAGCUUGCAGAAACAGAACGUGAAGGUGGAUUUGGAGCCCACAUAUCCCCGUUUGUUCAGCCCGCAGACUUGGCAGCACUUCUGAACCAGGCUGGCUUUGUACUACUUACAAUUGACUCGGACGAAAUGACUGUCAACUAUCCAACUGCCUUCCAUCUGAUGGCCGACCUCAAAGGCAUGGCGGAGAACAAUGCGACGUGGAAACGCAAGUCUCAUCUACACAGAGACACCAUGGUCGCAGCAGCGGCAAUUUACCAAGAGCUCUACGGCAAUGAGGAUGGAACUAUCCCAGCCACAUUUCACAUAUUGUCCUUUAUCGGCUGGAAACCAGAUCCAUCACAGGCCAAGCCAGCAAAGAGGGGAUCCCAGACUGUGUCCUUGAAGGAUCUCGGGUCUCUCUUAGAUCCAGCUAGCAAGACGUAGUCCCUGUUUCAACGAGUGAUAGGUUGCAGCACGCAGCACACUGUAUAGACUACACUCUCCUUCAUGUUCCCAGACACUUGACCUGUGAAUAAAGCAUUGACACCGGACUAGUCUAGGAGGAGUUGUGCAGUUAGUUGCAGCUUAGUUGCCACUGAAUGGCAUGUGGGUGUGUAGUAGCAGAUAUGAAAUAUCUGAAUGCAUCUUUAUCUCCCACUCGACACAACAGUUCUGCUGCCAACUGUCUGGCUCCUACACCAAAUGAUAAGCUGUUGACGGGUUAUCGUGUAUGAAGUGCAGUGAAACCUUCCUAUUGAGCCUUUUGAUAUGGCGAAAUGAUAGCGCUUUAGCAACAAUACAAAAGCGCUUUGCUCAUCGCUAUUGUACGUAUUGUUGCAGUAUGGAUUGUUACCAGUUUCAUGAUUUGGAAUCCUACUAAGUACGAAAGAAUACUUGCAGAAUUGCAAGGCCAGUGAGACAGGCUCUUCAACUUCUUGGUUACCAAAGGUUUCUCCAAGGUGGAACAAAUUCACUUUCGGUCUAAGUAACAGAACGGCAGGCUUUAAAUUCAAAUGCCAUUUAUUGGCAAUAUGUUACUAAAAAUUUUUUAUUUCCAAAUCGGAAGAUUGGAAUAAUAUUAGGGCAUACUAAUUAAUAAUUUUAGUUAAAAUGAGUGUUCCUCUGGCAGCAUGACCUCUUCGUUGCCUCACUGUCCCUUGAAGGCACCUUGUAAUCAACAUCGAAGUCAUCUGAAUCAAAGUUUAUAGGAGGUUCCUGAAUUUUUACUUCGUUCAAAAGAUGUGCAAGCUUUCUGUUCUGGUUUACUAUGUUGGAAAGUGAGAAACGUGAGCAACACUGACAGUCGAUAAGCUUUGUCACACCAUCUGCCUUAUCAAAGUGAACCCUACCAUAAAAUUUCGGGUUGGCUGUUGGCUGAUCGUCAAGAAGCACUCUAGUGCACUCCAGCUGUCAUUUUACCAGAGCUGCAACGUCAAGCUAGCAUUUAUUCAUUUUAGUCAGUGUUUAAGUUUGUUCUAUAUCUGCAACAAAUGCAAUGAACACAGUUUCUGUCCUGUAUUUCUUGUUUUGGCAACCUGCUGCUAGCAAAACUAAGGCCAGCUGCUACAAAUUGUCAUUUCUACAUCUACAAAACACACUUGUCCAUUCCCACCAUUGGACUAUGGUUUGUGAAUUGCUAGCAGUGUUUCUUUUAUUCUCUCACAUGAUUUACAGC